UCAUGUAAUAAACCUGGUGGGUGUCACGGUGUCGGAGUGAGGUCUCUUUCAUCUCUUGUCCACCCGAGUUUCGUGCACGAUGCAAGCGAGUCCCGGGGUAGGCUUGCCUCACGAGCAGGAAGAGGAUGUCCCGGAUUAUGGGAAGGUGUUCAAGGAGUCUUUUAAGGUGUUUAAGGAGCAAGGACCGAAGGACAGUGCACCACAAACCUGCAAUCUCGACUUCUCCAAGCAAUGGAAGCGAUCAGAUGCGGUGCUGACGGUAGAUAACAACCAAAAAUUCCACGUGCACACAGCCACACUUGCGAGAGUGUCACCCGUCUUUGAGGAGCUCCUUACACCGGAAAACCUUGCCAAAUACCCCAACAAGGAGCUCUAUCUGCCUGGUAAAAACGCGGACGAGUUUCGUGAGUUCCUCAAAGUUCUCUACUCGGCAGAGCCAGUUCGUGAGUACAAAAUCCACUUUCUCCUCCCCCUUGCGCACGAGUUCAAGACACUUGUGGUGCUAAAGAGAUGCGAGGAAAGCUUAAUGCCGAAAGUCAAGAACGAGACCUUAGCGUUUAAGUACCUCAGCAUCGCUCAAAUGUACGGCUUAGAAAUGCUAAGGCGCUGCUGUGUGAAGAUACUUAAGUAUAAGAGUCUCCCGGAUCUGCGAGCGAACCGAAUGUACCGCGAGAUUGCACCCAAAAGUGGCUGGGAUAUAACCGAGGGGAGGGUGGAAAUACUGGAAAGCGAGCUGGGGCAGGUUCAGACCAAGUUGUCGACAAUCUGCGAGCAGUUGAUCACCGAGCUGUUUGGAGAGUUGUACACGAAGCAGUCGGGCGGCCGUCCACCUCCGAUGAAUGCCACAAUGGCUAACAAACUGUGCUUCGUCAAGGAUUCCGGAAUAAAGAGUCCGGAGAUAAGGAUAAUUUCGGAAGCAUUAGAAAAACUUGAGAAACUGUAUUCAUGAGGAUAGCUCGCACGAAAAACAAAAAAAGGCUACAUCUGCAUUGCAGAAAAAGAAACUUUGAAAAACGAAACAUUUUUUUUAGGGAAUAAUGAUUGCACAAAAUUUUCUUGCAAAUCACAUGAACACCAUUCAAAUUGUUAUAUCGAAUUCUUCAAAGACAUAUAAGUAUCUUUGAAUGAUCUGUUGAAAUCCUGAAAGGAUUUCGAAAUGUCAUUUUUGUGCAUGCUCUCGAUAGAAUUACUGUCCAGAAAUACACCAGAAAUAUCCAUAUAGCAAAUAAAGUUUUGUUAUGCUGAA